UCUUUCCUUUCUCCUUCUCCUUCUCCUUCUCCUUCUUUGCUUCUUUUAAAGCGUUCGAAUACAUUGUACCAUUGUGGCUAAACAAUGGUGGGCGACGACGAGCCCCUUUCGAAGGGCGUGGAGGAAGGUAGCAUCCUUCUAGAAAACGAGACCCAGGCCGUACUCAAGAAGCCGGUAUCCGCUCGCCGACGGCGGAUCGAGCUCUGUCGCGCCGGGUUCGUAGGAAACAAGCGCCUCAAGGAUCCGUCAGAAGGCGGCUCGAUUUCAUCGUCUCCUCCAGAUCGCGAUGCUGACGACGGGCUCGUCGGGAUCGGUGUUGCUGAGAGGCCGAAGGGGCCGCCUCCGGUCGCGGUCCAUUCUCACGGGGCCGUUUCUGUAAUUGGGGGGAGGCGGGAGAUGGAGGACGCAGUCUCUGUGGCGCCGGAGUUCGCAGCGCCCUCUCGGCACGACUUCUUCGGGGUGUACGACGGCCAUGGAGGUGCAGGGGUGGCGCAUCUGUGCCGAGAGCGGCUCCACGUCGUGCUGUCAGAAGAGGCGGCGGGCGGGGGGUGGCCGCGGGUGGAGGGGCGGUGGAGGGAAGUCAUGUCGGCGAGUUUCUCGAGGUUGGAUGAGGAGGUGGAGGCGAUGACAUGGGGCGAGUCGUCAGAGAGGACGAUGGGAUCGACAGCGGUGGUGGCCGUGGUGGGGACGAACCGGAUCGUGGUGGCCAACUGCGGCGACUCAAGGGCCGUGCUCUGCCGCGGCGGUGCCGCGGUGCCCCUCUCCUUCGACCAUAAGGCUGAUAGACCAGAUGAGAUCGAAAGAAUUGAGGCAGCUGGAGGUAGGGUGAUCAAUUGGGAAGGCUAUCGUGUUUCUGGUGUCCUUGCCACAUCCAGAUCUAUCGGGGACUAUUACCUGAAGCCAUUUGUGAUACCAAAACCAGAUGUGACUGUGACCGAAAGGAUCGACAAGGAUGAGUUCCUCAUCCUAGCCAGCGACGGUUUAUGGGAUGUGGUCUCCAACGAGUCCGCAUGUAGGAUUGCGAGGCAAUGCCUCAAUGGGAGGACGGCGAAGAUGUUUCCUGAUGCAGUCGGCGGAUCGACCCCUACUGAGGCCGCAGCUUUACUGACUAAGCUCGCCAUCUUGCGAGGGAGCGAAGACAACAUCAGCGUGGUGGUCGUGCAGCUCAAACAACUCCGCAUCAAGGUGCCACAUUCAUGAUUAGAGAAACUCGAAUUAAUCGUGUCUUGUGUUUGGAUCUCUUGGCGCCAACUACGAAUGGGUGCGAAAUGAUGUAUGUAAUGAUUGAGGUGGAGAUCUAACUCAUGUGAUUAUUUAGUACGAUAUUUUUGUUUAUACGGACUACGAUGUACAGCCAUAUUUCUCUUAUGGAAAAGAUAAUAGUUCGUCUCUCUGUUUUA